AUGACCAAUACCUGCCGAGAACUGAAUUCGACCAAUGAACGUCAAAGCCAACUAUAUCUUGACGAAUUGACAGCCGAUGUCUAAUGAAUAAAUUUCAAAUAACGCUCUAGAUUUGGUAAAAUUCGUAAUCAGAAAACGUUUUUGAUCAGAAGAGAAACAGGUGGUCGAUAAAGAAGUCGACGCUGUAGAAAUGAACGACACACGCACUUCGGGAAAUCAAGGUAAACCGCUACCGUUAGAGGCAAAGAUCGCUUUAGCAAUAUGGUUGGGAGUCGCAGGUUUAGUGACAAUAGUUGGAAAUGGAAUUGUCCUGUGGUUGAUUUCCAAAAAAAGAUCUCUAAGAACAAUGUCUAACCUAUUACUGACCUCGUUGGCCGCUGCAGACUUUUUAGUAGGACUUGUUAUAGACCCAGUCUGGAUAGUCAUACGAUGUUUGGGUUAUAAUUCUAAUAAAGCCUACAUUGAAACCUUCGGUAGGGGUAUAGAUUAUCUGUGGAUCCACACUACUGUGGCAACAACAUUUAACUUAUGCUGUGUUAGCCUGGACAGGUAUAUAGCCAUCAUUCAUCCUCUGCGCUACCACGAUUUUCUCACCAACAGAAGAUGUUAUUUACUGAUAGCUAAUGUAUGGUUUAUGUCCCUUGUCUUACCCUGCUCAAGGUUCAUGGUUCAGGAUAUAACAGCUUUAUCAACAUUGUACAUAUCAUUUACAGUUAUGACAAUAUUAUUUCCUAUGACUAUAAUCAUGUUCUGUUCUAUUCGAAUUUUAAAAGCCGCCUUAGCGCAUUACAAUAGCAUAAACCCGACGAGCAGCUGUGAGCAGAAUCAAGACAUUAUUAGAAGAACUAAAAAGAACUACAAGGCUGCUAAAACAGUUAGUAUCAUAGUGGGGCUAUUUGUGGUUUCCUGGUUGCCAAGUCUCAUAACUGGUUUUGUACAUUACUUCAAUACCAAAGGGUCUCAUAACGCAAGCUACUACACCGUGUGGACAUUUGUUGAAACAACAGCGUUUACUUCGUCGGCAAUCAACCCAUGGGUGUAUUGUUUGAGAAACGACGAGUUCUAUGAAGCACAUUUCGAUUUCUUGAAAGACGGUGAUUUGGAGAAAUGUUUUGUCUUCAGUUCAGAGACCGUUCAAACGGGGAGCUGGCGGUGUAAAUUCAUAACGCAUAACUGAUAUUUCGUAAAACAAAAAUGAAGAGUAGCUUAGUUAGUUGGUAACUAUUCCCCCUAGAGACUGGCCUAAAACUGAUUUUCAAGUUUGUGAAAACAAGUUUUUUUUUCAAGUUUAUUAAGUUUGCAGGAAAAUCUUUGUACAAUAAUCACCUUCUGCAAAUAGCGAGCUAAUCUAGGCAGGCGGUGUUAAGGACAUACAACACGAAUUACAAAAACACCAAUUAUGCGAAUUACUCGAUUUUGCAUACAUUAUUUGACAAAAGAGGGAAAAGGUGAUAAAAAGUAAAUUAAUAUAUUAUGUUUGAAUUAUAAUUAAGAUGCCUUUUUUUAUUUCAGAAAUAAGAGUGCUAGUGUCAGCAUAACUAUCCAGACUUCCUGGAGUUGCAAAUAGUAAUGCUUGAAUUUUCUUUUUGAAGAUGUGCUUCGGCAGACUUCGAUAGCUUUCGGGAAUACUGUUCCAAAUUUUAGCCCCAACGAUAGAAAAAGAGUUUUUAUGAUGAUUAAGCCUAUAAUAGUUAAUAUAGUAGUUACCAGAAGAUGCUGAUCGGGUAUUAUACUGAUGUAUGUCUUGUGUAGAAAUAAAAAGAUUGCAGAUAUUUUUAGGUGCAGAGUUAGUGGUUAUAUCAAGCAUUAAGAUUGAUGAAAGUUUGAAGUAGAGCAUUGUUAUUGGCAGGAUGUUAGAUUGCGCGAAAUAUGGAAUCGCAUGCGUUCUGAAAGGCAGAAAGUAGAUCAAACUAACAGCUGUCUUUUGGAGUAUAAGAAUUUUUUCUAAAUAAGAUUUGGAGGCUUGGCCCCAGGCAAUGAGGCCGUAAGAUAUAUAGGGAGAAAUUAAAGAAUUAUAAAUACUUAGAAGUGUUUUUAAGGGGACAAAGUGUCUUAGUCUCGAAAUAAUUCCAAUAUUUCUGCUGAUUUUUAAAAAAAAUAUAAUUAAUGUGAUGUUUCCAAGAUAAAUGUUGGUCAAUUAUUACCCCUAGGUAUUUAACAUGAUCCUUACGUUCAAGAUCAAAAAACGUUUUAGUGCGGCUAUCAUAGGCCUUAAUGCGGAUGUUAAAAUUAAUGCGUUUUUGAUAUGGAUGAAAAAUUAUAUAGAAAACAACUGCACGGUUACACUAAAUCAAGUUGUUGUCAAACUCAGAAACGGCUUGAAUAUAAAUUUCCUAACUCCAUCCAACCUGUGAUUAAUAAUUAACUUUUCAAUUAUUCUAGCUUUAACCGCAAAUUUUGUUUUGGGUAAGAAUUGAUUUUCACUUUUCAGGGAAGUUUUCGUUGACUUUUUGUAGUACAGGAAAUGUUUUAGAGAGUAAUAUGUCAAUAUUUUCUUUGGGUACCGAAGCAUUAAGUUCAUUACCACGAAAGUGUGUGUGUUUUUCAAUCAAUAUUCAGAAAACAGGCUAUGGAAAUAAUAAUUAAAAAGACAUCAUUCAUUCAGACGGUACCUCUCUGAAGUCGGUAUUACAUCACGUUUUCUUUAAAUGUUUACAAGGGAUUGUAUUGCAAGUCAAGAGAAAGUUGCUAACCGGAUCUUUGUAGUGUAAAAAUAUAUUUCCCUUACAAAGAGAUAUUUCAGAGGCCAAGAAUGGUUAUAUCCCUACCCUUUUUCUAAUUAUUAAGGUCUCUCUGAGUAAAGGCCAGAAGUAAGGGAAUUGUUGUGUGAACUACACUCGUUAACCCCUCACCCAACCUUUUUACAUGACGUGGUUGAUGAAAGGGUAAGUAGUAGGGUAAGCAAAACUUUGCUGUGGAGUUGUUUAUCGAUGCUUGAACAUGAUCAGUAGGGAGCGUAUAAUGAACUUAACAAACAAUAAAGUGGUUAGAAUCUACAAUUGAUCAUAUUUAUAUUUACGACUACCUGUUACGCACCAUCCAUAGCUUACCAGCAUAAAUAAAACCACUGUAAGAAAAGAAGGGGAGAUUUGACGAACCUUGAAAACACCUCGAAUAUCUGGGAGGUCUUUUAAAGAAAACAUACAAAGACUAAAACUAUUAAAUAAAGCGCAAUUCUACAUCUUUUAUCGUCAUGGAGAUCUUCUGUUUGGGAGCCUGCUGCUUCUGUAACACAGACAACUCUGCGUCAGCGGACACCGACGGGAAUUGGAAAGAGUGUACCUUAUUGAAUCGAUCCGCCUACUAAUUAUUCCCCUUGGCGGAAACCAUAGAAAAUAGGGUGGAUGUCCGCUAACGGAAGAAACAAGAAGGGAAGUAGACCAUGACCAUUGCAGCCAUAAAGUGACAUUACAAAUAUAAUGUCGGACCUUGUUAAUGCCAAACAAACGAACACCCUGCUUUCCCGCGGAGAAAUGGAGAUUUUACAAUACUGAUCCGCACUGCUCUGCUGCUUUGGUCGUAUUUCCGUUGAUUUGCAAAUUAAGACAAAUUUCUUUGCCGAGAGUCCAUUAUUGUGCAUGAUGCAUUUGCUUGAGAGAGAGGGAAAACAAAAGAAAAAUCUAAAUUUCCCCCUUGACAAGGGUCAGCGUCCGCUUAUGAGAGAGUGUCCGUCUCCGGGAAUGUGUUAAAACAGAGUUUAAUUGGAAGUAAAACGGGAACAAGAUGCAUAACUGCUUGAACUCGGGCUUCUUACGGAGUCUCGAAUUAUAAUGCGCGCUUGGUAAAAUAUCUAGUGAACUCCCUCAAUGCUCGUUCCUUGAAUCUUGAUAUGCAAUACGCGAAUCCGAUACGCGGUUUUCUACCGGUUUUACGGCUCAUUAUUUAGAUUGACAGAGGUCUCCUCGAUGUUAUGGUUCUACUUCACCCAUUUGGUGACCUAUAUAUAUAUAUAUAUUAAUAGUGUAUCACAUGAAUGUAACAUUGCAGCUUGGAAGACUUGGAAGAAUACGCUUGUAAACAGAUUCCUUUAGUUUUUUGCUCUUGUUCCUCAGACAUUUCAGAAUUCGUACUGGUAUUUUACUGGGUUCUCGAUCACGUCUAAAUACACGAUAAUGUCUACGUAGCUUAACAGUAAAUAGCUGUUAUAACAUAACGCGCGUGCUUGUCCCAUAUAAGUCCUAUUGAGCCGCUAUGAAAAAAAUCUUUAUUUACCCACGCCCGUGCGUAAAUAAGAUGACGUGAGGAUUUUUUUCAGAGUUUCCGUCCUGUUAAGCUGCAGUGCAGUUUUCCUUCUCUUUGAAAUAUGGAAGAAACCAGCGAAGAACUUCCCGAUUUUUCUAUCGGCAUUGACCUUUCAGAUCCUUAUCCAACAAGCAACAAAAAUAAAGCCGAAAAAAACUCGCAAGUUGCACGUUUUGCAAAUUUUUCGGAAGACCAGCUGCAGCAAAUUUUGGCCGAAAGACAUUCACUGGGAACAAAAAUAGUCACAAAUUGGUCAUUAAUAACAUUUAAAGGUAAAAUUUUCGCUUUUAUUGUUGUUUUUAAAUUUGUUCAACCUGGGGAAUAAAGUACACAGUUGUUGAUUGGGAAUUUACCAAAACCAAAACAAUCACAAUUGCACUCUAUCACAAUAAAAGGCUUCUUCGCGCAGAUCCUUGCUGUCGCUCUGCUAUAAAAGAAUUUACUCGUGCUUUUAGCCGUGCGUAUAUCGAGUUAUGGAUGCACUUGGGAAGUUUGGAGAGCGCUCAAAAAGCUAGAGUUACCCUCGGCUGCGCCACGCGCUACUCUUACGCAUUUUUCAUGCUCUCCAAACUUCCCGCGUGCAUCCAUAACUCGAUAUACGCACGCUAAGCAUGAACAAAUUCUUAAAUUUGAUAUUGCACAACCCUCGAUAGAACGUUCACUCAUAAUAGUUCGCUCGUAAAUUGAUCUCUCAUAAAGUUCGCGGACCGCGGGUUUACCCCGAACUGUGUUUACCUUUGUACGUGUUUUUGGCGUCUUAGACUCCGUACUAUUCACUCUUUCUUGGUUCAGCGACAACACCUUCGAUAAAUCCGCCAUUGCUCAACCGUGUGAGCAUUCUAUGCUGACUACGCAUGCGCUUCAGCACGUACCCUCACGCGUGCGCUUUAGCGAGACGGCGAUUUGUGAUUGAACGACAACACUAACAAGAAAGCCCAAUUUAUAACUCAUUCUGCGUAGCCCGAGUAGUGAAUGAGUUGCCAGUAAUCGGAUCCUCGUGUUUGCGCAGAGAUUUCUGGGUUCCCCACUGGAAAUACAUUGCAACUCGCUAGAAGGAAAUGUAAGGCGAAAGGUUGUUUCGACGUCUUAAAAAACGAUUUUGGAGAGAGAUUAUCGCUUUUUCGCCGCUGUUUUAUCAGAAAUGGAUUUGGGUAAUGUUGAUACGCGAGAAGCGUAAGUUUUUGUUUGAACAACCAUGAAAUAUGUGCUAAAAUAUACUGAUUAACUUUUUGCCAUGCGCAAGGUUUAUCGUAAACUUGAUAUGGCGUAAUGGUCUUGAAAUUUAGAAAUAUUACCUAUAAAUUGCCAAGAAAUUACUCACCAAAGCCUUUUCAUUUUUUUUUAACGCGUGUUAAGUCUAUGUGGUAAUUCUAUUUUGAUCAAGACAAAGUAAGAGAGGAUAUCCCCUCUAGGCCAAAAAUAAUUGACAUUAUAGUGAAAUUAUUUGGCACUCGUCGUUUAAAAAACUUCUUAAUUUCUUGUCCUAUCGUUUGAAAUGUUUGUAGACGUGAGUUUUUGUAAGUGGAUAAGGUGUUAGGGCCAAUCUAAAUUUUUUGUGACGAGUACAACACUGUAUUUUCGGUGACCGUCGAACAGUGGGGAGUCUCAGACCUCACACACGAAUUAUAAUAACAAAUAACUGAAAAAUUUUAAAUAAAAUCAAAACGAAGUUAAUUUUUUCUUUAAAGCUUUAGCAACUGCAUAGCCUCUUAACUUAGAGGCCCUAAUUUAUUAAGUUUGAUGAUGUGCAAUAAGAAAUAUUUUUUAGGAGGAAUGAUUGCGAUUCUUACGAGUUUAGAGCGUUUGGUAUCCACUAGUUUAGGCGCCGGCUAGUUUUUCAAAUCUCCAAACUUCAUACACAAAAAGGUCUUCUUUUUAGUCACCAUGCCCAUAGGGUAAACUGACAUCGCAUAUGUGUGGGAUGUAUAGGUACUGUAUAAAUGCACUGCCGAUCGACUGAAAAAAAAAUUUCAGUCAUGCUUAGUAUAAAAUUAUAACGUUAAAUUAUUUUGGGAUCUCAAACAUAAAUUAUCACUGGUCUCUUUAAUACAAACGUUCUAGUGUCCGUAAAAUAAUUUUUUUAAUUUUCUUUAAUCUUCGGCCUUCAAAUCUAACGCGAUCUGAAAUACUUUUCACUGAUCAUGUAAAACACGAUUUAUCUAGACGAUUUAUUUUCGUUACACAUAAUUAUAUGAAUGCAUAUUAGGUUUAAGUUGAGAAACCAGUGAAAAAUUAUGUUAUGGUUUCCUUCACUGCUCCUCGAAUUCCCUUAGUUUUCCAGCGGUAAGACUUGAUUCAGCGACGAGUUGGGGUUCACUAAACAUACGGCAAGUGCUUCGGCCAGGAAAAGCGACGAGUUUAGCCCUUGAAUAAGGAUAACAGCUGUCACCACACAAAAAGGAAGAUAAUAGACUGCGAAUGUAAGGUGAACUUAUAGCCGAGCAUCGAUGACCGUCUUUUUAUAUCGCGUCAUGUUUUGCGAGGUUCCUGCUCUUUUCCCUGCUAAUUCAUUCUGCACUUGCAUUUAUUGACGUCGAAUGGUGCAAAAUAUUCUGGAGUAGGAAUGCGUUGAAAUCAUCAGCUCUAAUGUCAUCAAUACUUCGCUUGAAAGGAGGAAUGAUAUCGUAUUCUAAAGCUAAAAGCAGGCCGACCGCAAUAUUUUCAUCUAUAUAAACAGGACGACCGUGAGAGUUCUCCUGACAAUUUCAACUUGCCCAUAUCUUAUCCCUAAGAACAGGGUGAGGAGUCUCUCCACUGCAAUGGAGGUCAGUAUCGCUAGAGAUACACCAGAGAAAAUCGUGGUCACGAUAUCUGCUGAAUAUUUAGCCUUACGACAAAGGGUACAGUUUUCCGUAAUAAGAGACAAAAAUACUGUCAUCGCUAACGGCUGUGAAAUGAGGCCAGCGCAAAGAUCGGUAAUCGUCAAAUUGCGAAGCAAAAUUUUCGAUGUUGCUGACGAAAGAAGUUGUCACGCGUCUAAUGACCAUUUUAAAAUUUUUUACGGAAAAUUUACCUUUUUCCUUAGAAGUUGACUACUGCAAAGCCUAUGAUUCUUUAAUACGGGAAAAUUUUAAAUCUAAGAGCAACAAUGCACUUAAUGAUGUGCAAUGCUUAACUUUUAAAGGAGGAAUGAUUGCAGCUAUUACAAACUUGGAACGAUCGGCUACGCAAAGAGGUGUUCUUUGAAGUACCCUUAUGUCGAGUUGAUUGACAUAGCAUAUACGUGAGGACUAUUUCAGAGAUUCUUUCAGAUUUAAGUUCUACGUAAAAUGCACUGCGCAUGCGGAGCAACAAAAAUCAUGUCAUUCUUUGUAUCAGACAUGGUCCUCAUUUAAUGUUUCUAUGAAGUUCUAAAAUUCUAAUGUUCGAUCAAUUUGCGAACUUCUAUGAACGUUCGAUUGAAUGAGUUUCAAGCAAGAUUUUUUCCCAACGCGCCCGGGUUACCUGGGCGAUAAAUUAUGAUUGUCUCUCAAAUUCAAACUUUGUGGUGUUCAUCAAGAGAUUAUAAUCUCUUGUGUCCGUUGAAUACUUUUCUUCAAGUGCAAAAGUAUGAAUUUAUGGAAUCUUUAGCCUUAAACAAAUAUUUGGAUUCAACAAGGAACUAUCGGCAACUUUAAUUAUCGCCAAACUCUGUCCCAUAAAAUUAUCACAGCUUUUCCAUUUUUUCCAUUACACUUGUUCAUUACGAAAGAAGUUAUUGCAUGACACCCCCAACACAUUUGUGUACUGCUCUAAGACGUAUUUUGUUCUUUAUAUUUACUACAUCCAUUUUGAAACCACUGCUAAUCCUUGUAAUCUGAUUGGCUCUCAUUAGUGCGGUUUAUUCACGAGUCGCACCAUUUUUGCUCUAAAUCGCAUCUUUUUCAAGCCAGUGAAAAACCUUUACUAUCACUUGACUGUUUAAAGAAACCAAAAAUAUUAGUGGAAAAUGAAAGACAAAUUUUGCAACUUUUCACAAACCAGCUCACCACUGAAUCAAUAACCUACUUGUGCAUAAAUACUAAAAUAUCCUGUAUUUGAGGGACUGAAUUUUGCGAUUUCAAAUUGGAUGUAAUACAUUGGUCAUUUAUGUCCUUGAUGCACUGUCAGCUCACCUAUCAUCUGUUUCCUCACUAAGCCAUGUUGAAUAACCGCCAAAAAUUUUCAAGCAUAUCGCCCAAAGUAAGAUAUUCCAUUCGCUCUUUAGUGCAAAGAAGUGGGACUCAUACCACUAUAUAAAUUCUUCGAAUGAAAUGGGUACACUCCCUUUGGGCGAAGUCUUGCAAGGUCCACUACAGUCACUUAGGAGAUCAUUCACUCCAAUUGCAGAGUGACACAAGAUUUCGUUACACAAACCGUUAUGUAUAUCAAGUUUACGUGGAUAUAGAAGAAUAAAUUUCUGUUAUAAUUUCUUCACUGAUCUUCGAUUUCGCUUGACUACAGUAAAGGGACGAUAACCGACUGCUAAUAUAAGUUGAACCCACAAAGCAUUGAUGACCGUCUUUUCAUACCGCAUCAUGUUUGAUGAGGUUCCUUUUUUUUUCCCACUCAAUUCACACUCGAGAGGGGAUGGAUUUUUCACUUGUCAUGACUGUACUUCUUUUGUGCUAAAUUGACUAUUAUUUAAUGCUCGACGUUUUGACGGGCGAAAUUACUAUUAAACAAAAGCAUUCGACACAGCAUUCGACUCAUUGAGUUAGUUAAUGAGAAAAUCGACGCGUUGGCAGCUUACAUUAAUGCAUGGACGAAAGCAUAGCAACUAGAGUUUGAGGGUGAUUCACCACCCAGACAUUAACUUGAAAACCGGCCACCGGUGUUUCUUUAAUAAUUUAUUAAGUUCUUCGGUGUUGAUCUUUACCUAUUGGGCCAAACAAUAUGCGAAAUAUAUUAAAAGUGUUUUAAAUCCAUAAAUUGUUCGUCAUCUAAUAUCGCAGAAGAACUCACGCCAAGUUAGCAGAACUGAAAAGACGCCUUUAGUGCAAAGAAGUGGGACUCAUACCACUAUAUAAAUUCUUCGAAUGAAAUGGGUACACUCCCUUUGGGCGAAGUCUUGCAAGGUCCGCUACAGUCACUUAGGAGAUCAUUCACUCCAAUUGCAGAGUGACACAAGAUUUCGUUACACAAACCGUUAUGUAUAUCAAGUUUACGUGGAUAUAGAAGAAUAAAUUUCUGUUAUAAUUUCUUCACUGAUCUUCGAUUUCGCUUGAUUUUCCAGCAAUAAAGGACAGGAUUCAGAAAGAAUUUGACGUAAACUAAACAUAAUGCAAGCUCUUCGGCCAGGAAAGGAGUGGAGGUAAGCCCUAGGAUAAGGAUUACAACCGUCACUACAGUAAAGGGACGAUAACCGACUGCUAAUAUAAGUUGAACCCACAAAGCAUUGAUGACCGUCUUUUCAUACCGCAUCAUGUUUGAUGAGGUUCCUUUUUUUUUCCCACUCAAUUCACCCUGCACCCGUAUUUGCGGACUUCGAGUGACGUGAAAGAUUCUGGAGAAGGAAUACGUUGAGAUCAUCAGCUCUAAUAUUAUCAAUACUCCACUUGAAAGUAGAUAUGAUAUCUUUUUCCAAAGGUAGGUGAACCAACCACACUGAAUUCUUUUACCUAUAUUGGUAGAUCGGCACUGCAAACUCUUGCCUGUAUCUCGUCCCUGAUAACAGGGCGAGGAGUCUGUACACCGAAACACUAUUAAGGAUAAAGGAACAUGUAAGACGGCGAGAAAUUUGUAAACUGAGUGAGGUAAUCUUCUCCAACCCAGUGUCGAUUUUAAAACAAAUUAGACCUAGAGAUUAAGUUGCUUAAGUUCAACAUAACUUUCAAGAUAUCUCUCAUACAGGUCUUAAUUAAAAUUGGGUUUAAAGGUUUCGUUGCCAGCAUAAAAUAGGGUCAAUUCUGCUGUUUAGCAACAGUUAAAAAUUCUUGAGUGAAAAGGUCAAAGGAGAGGUCUGUCCGAAACAUCGCUAAUUAAGUACUAGAGAUUAUAACUAUCAUUUCACGCUGAGAGGAACUUCCUUGCCACUUAGUUUUCACUGCAACACUCACAUUUAUCAAUUCAUGCAUUGUAUUAAGCUGCCGGGCACCUUUUAACAAUGCAUGUUUACAUGUAUAUGCAGCAUUGACAUAAACACACAUAGCUAGCGAAACGAUCAUUAACGAAAGUUUGAAUACGUUUUUCACCAGUAGGGGACAACAAGAACAACGACAACAAAACGCUUAAGAAGAAAUCGAAUCCCAAAUUUUUGGGAUUUUAAAGUGUCAGCAAACGGAAAAUUAAUUUUCACUCCUCUAAAACCUCAAUCAUUUAAACACAUAACAAGUUAACGACGCGCACUGAAUACAUAUGCCAUAAAUAUCUUCAUACAUCGGCUUGAUUGAAUUCUCACGAAAGGGCAUCUGUUACUUUACCAAAAUUAUUUUACAAGUUCGAAUUCAACCUUUUUGAGACCAAAUAUUUUUAGCGUUAUUUUUUAUUUCGGAGGUUGAAGUAGCAUUUCACCUACGCGAUGGAGAUCGAUUCUUUGUAUUUCUUUUUUUCGUGCAUUAUUUUUAUACUCGUUUUGAAUUUAUGUAUUUCAUUAAUAUUUAUAAGAUAAACCAAAUAUUACAAGUCCGAUCGAUCGUGGGUACAAUUUAUCAAAACUCGUACAUAAAAUUUGAAUCCAUGCACUGCCAUUCGAAAUCUUUAGUAUCAUCUUAAGAACCCAUUCACUCUGCUUUCUCUUUCGAAAUACAAUGUCAUCGACAUAAAUUUAAACUUAAGCAAGUGUGAGAGUCACUUGACAAGCGCAACAAUGCUUACCAGCAGGCAGUUACUAACAAAGAUCACUUUGCAUAAAUAUGAUAAUAACAAAACGUUAAAACCAUCUGUAAGGAUGUUAAAAAUAGCUGCGGAGAACUGACUUCAAACAAUCAAUAUCUUGAUAAAUUGAUAAAAUGUCCCUCUAUGUAAGGUAUGAUUUUUAAUUAGAAAACGUAUUCGAUCAGAAGAGAAACAGAAGGUUGAAAUCGACGCAGAAGAAAUCGACGCAGUAGGAAUGAACGACACACACACUUCGGGAAACCAAGGUAAACCGCUACCUUUGGAGGCAAAGAUCGCUUUAGCGACGUGGUUGGGUGUCGCAGGGUUACUAACAAUAGUUGGAAAUGGAAUUGUCCUGUGGUUGAUUUUCAGAAAAAGAUCUCUAAGAACAAUGUCCAACCUGUUCCUAACCUCGUUGGCCGCCGCGGACUUCUUAGUAGGACUUGUCAUAGACCCAGUGUGGUUAGUCGUAAGAUGUUUGGGUUAUAAUUCUAAAACCUACUUCGAAACCUUCAGUAGGAGUAUAGAUUACCUAUGGAUCCACACUACUGUGGCAACAACAUUUAACUUAUCCUGUGUUAGCCUGGACAGGUAUGUAGCCAUCAUUCAUCCUCUGCGCUACCACGAUUUUCUCACCAACAGAAGAUGUUAUUUACUGAUAGCUAAUGUAUGGUUUAUGUCCCUUGUCUUACCCUGCUCAAGGUUCAUGGUUCAGGAUAAAAAAGGUUUACCGACAUUGUAUCUAUCUUUUACAGUUAUGACAAUAUUAUUUCCUAUGUCUAUAAUCGUGUUCUGUUCUCUUCGAAUUUUAAAAGCUGCUUUAGUACAUUACAAUAGCAUAAAACCGACGAGCAGCUGUGCGCAGAAUCAAGACGUUAUUAGAAGAAGUAAAAAGAACUACAAAGCUGCUAAAACAGUUAGUAUCAUAGUGGGGCUAUUUGUGGUUUCCUGGUUGCCAAGUCUCAUCACUGGUUUGGCGCACUAUUUCAGCAACCUAGUGUCUCACGACUCAGUUUACUACACUGUGUGGACGUCUGUUGAAACAGUGGCAUUUACUUCAUCGGCAAUCAACCCAUGGGUGUAUUGUUUGCGAAACGACGAGUUCUAUGAAGCAUUAUCAAGCACAUUUCGAUUUCUUAAAAGACGAUAA